AUGGACGAUGAACGAAGAUGGGAGGAAUUAGAGGUUGACUGUCUGAUGAAUAUAUUUGGAAGAGUAGGAAUGGAGUCAUUGCUUUUGGAUGUCCCUUUUGUAUGCAAGUCAUGGCACAAAGCAACUCUAAACCCCUCAUGCUGGCAAUAUCUCAUAUUUCCUGAUCUUACUAUUAAUCAUUUUGGUUUCGACCCUACGGAUGGAUAUUGGUGUACCCUUAUUGAAAGAUUUGUAGAUGAGUAUUGGCUUGAUGAGAGCCGUUUCUCGGUGACUGCAUUUGUUAAGUUCAUUAUUAGUCGUAGCAAAGGAAAGGCUAUUACUCUCAGGCUAUCUCCAUGUGCUUCAGAAGAUGUCUUGAAAUAUGCUGCAGAUGAGUGUCCUGCCCUGAAGGGUCUGGUAUUGCCCAGCGAUUUGGUGUACCAUCAGUCGAGCACAAUUCAAGAACUAAUUGGGAAGUGGACAAAUUUGGAGGACUUGGUAUUGGGAAGCAGCUAUGAUUUGGAGCACUUCCUUGGACAGAUCUCUAUUCAUUGCAAGAACUUGUGUCUUUUGAGUGUGCUUAAUGCAGACAUUGAUCAAGAUAGCGCAAACGCAAUUGUUAGCUUCCUGCCUAAGCUUAAGCAAUUAAUCUUGAAGAAGGCAAAUAUUGAUCGGGAUGAUCUUGUGACCCUACUGCGGGGCUGCAACGAGCUUGUGCGGUUGGAUGUCAGCGAUUGUGUAGGUUUUGAUGAGGAAGAUGAAGAAAUAGCAAACCUUGCUUUUCAUAUUGCUAAUUUCAGCUCUCAGGGUUCUGCACUAUUGGGCUCCGAUGAUGAGUAUGAGUGCUAUGAGUGUGCAGAUGAUUACCAUGAUGAUCUCAGUGGAUACCGUUCUGAUUAG